AUGUCUGCCCCACCCAUCCUCUCCAAGUGUCAGUGUGGGGUAUAUCUGUCCCCACCCAUCCUGUCCAAGUGUCAGUGUGGGGCAUGUCUGUCCCCAACCAUCCUGUCCAAGUGUCAGUGUAGGGUAUGUCUGUCUCCACCCAUCCUGUACAAUUGUCAGAGUGUGGUAUGUCUGUCUCCACCCAUGCUGUCCAAGUGUCAGUCUUGGGUAUGUCUGUCUCCACCCAUCCUGUUCAAGUGUCAGUGUGGGGUAUGUCUGGCGCCACCCAUCCUGUCCAAGUGUCAGCGUGGGGUAUGUCUGUCCCCACCCAUCCUGUCCAAGUGUCAGUGUGAGGUAUGUCUGUCCCCACCCAUCCUGUCCAAGUGUCAGUGUGGGGUAUGUCUGUCUCCACCCAUCCUGUCCAAGUGUCAGUCUUUGGUAUGUCUGUCUCCACCCAUCCUGUCCAAGUGUCAGUGUGGGGCCUGUCUGUCUCCACCCAUCCUGUCCAAGUGUCAGUGUGGAGUUUUCCUGUCUCCACCCAUCGUGUCCAAGUGUCAGUGUGGGGUAUGUCUGUCUCCACCCAUCCUGUCCAAGUGUCAGUCUUUGGUAUGUCUGUCUCCACCCAUCCUGUCCAAGUGUCGGUGUGGGGCAUGUCUGUCUCCACCCAUCCUGUCCAAGUGUCAGUGUGGAGUUUUCCUGUCUCCACCCAUCGUGUUCAAAUGUCAGAGUGUGGUAUGUCUGUCUCCACCCAUCCUGUCCAAGUGUCAGUGUGGAGUAUGUUAUUCUCCACCCAUCCUGUCCAAGUGUCAGUGUGGGGUAUGUCUGGCUCCACCCAUCCUGUCCAAGUGCCAUUGUGGGGUAUGUCUGUCUCCACCCAACCUAUCCAAGUGUCAGUGUGGGGUGUUUCUGUUUCAGGCCCACUGGUGGUACCCGAGAUCACGUCUGACAACUGCACCUUUACGAACGUCACAAGGUACAUAUCCCCAGGCCAGGUGCGACGCGGCGGUAGGACUUGUAACAGGCGUCACCAUGACGCUCGUCGUACGUCAGAGGAAAGUCAUUUUGCUUGUACACGACCCCUUAGGAAAUCAACUAUGCUAG